AUGACGGUGUCAUUUUUCCGUAUUGCUCGCCACGUUUGCUAUCGUAGAGAGUUCCAAGAAUGCUGCGGAGCCAUGCAAACGGCAUUCGACAGAUACGUGAACAGUGCGAAUCCCACGAUUCAGGAGAACCUAAAACACCUGCAACAGUCGGCUGAGUGGCUUCUGAAAUGUUAUUUCACUGCGGUGAUGACCCAGGCUCUGCUCUACGGGAUAAUUCCUGCUACUAUUACGAUCGUUCGCUAUAUGUUGGCCCCUGAUACAGUGGAACUUCCACCCACAGUACUGGAGGCGGACUUUGUGUUUUUCGAUCAUCGCUCCAAAUUCUGGCUAUGGCUUCUGACGAUAACUUCAUCGAUCAUUCUCCAAUUCACGUUUCUAACCUAUUUAUUAGCAAAUGAGUGUUUUCAUUGGAACCUUCUACAUCACGUAUCCAGCCUGUUCCAAAUUGUAGGACUGACACUGUCACAAUUAGACGACUGUUCAGAUGAGAACACAUUCAACGAAAAACUGGCCUCUAUCGUACAGGUUCAUGAAGUCUGUUACAGAAGUGCUCGCCUACUAGAACGUGCGUUGAGUCCGGUAAUGGCCAUACUCUACUGCUUUUGCAUCUUUCAAACGUGUGUGAUUAUGUUCAUUGUCACAGCGGUUGACGACUACCUUUUGAUUGGAAUGAUGAUUUUCGUGUUAAACUACACCGUGUUUUUAAUUUUCUCCUUUUCGAUGCUGGGUACAGAAUUAACUGAGAAAAGCUUGUCAAUCUCCGAUGCUGUCUACAACAUGAAGUGGUAUGAGCGAUCGACCAGCCAACAGCGACUGUUACUAUUAAUUCAAAGGCGAUCCCAAAAAGCGUGCACCAUCAGUGCUGGAAAUUUUUUUCUAAUAACCAGAGCAACUUUUGCUGGGGCGAUGCAAUCGGCAUUUUCGUACUUCACAAUCAUGCGAAGAUUCUACGACUAACGAGGAAGGAUGUGGUGCUUUGGAGAAUUUUAAUUGCUUUCGCUAAUCGCAAAGCAUAACCUAGCGGAAUUUUCAUUUAUUACAAUAGUGUAAAA